CUCCCCUCGGGGACUCCUGCCCUCCCCCGGCCGCCGGCCCCGAGGCCAGAGCAGCCGCCGCGGGCGCCUCUUCCUCCAUGCCGCCCUCGGGGCUGCGGGCGGCGGCGGCGGCGGCUGCCCUGGUGCCGCUGCUGGCGCUCCUGCUGGCCCCGCCGCGCCCGGCUGCGGCCAUGUCCACCUGCAAGACCUUGGACAUGGAGCUGGUGAAGCGGCGGCGCAUCGAGGCCAUCCGCGGGCAGAUCCUGUCCAAGCUGCGGCUGGACAGCCCGCCAAGCCCGGGCGACGUGCCCCCGGGCCCGCCCGACGCCGUGCUCGCCCUCUACAACAGCACCCGGGACCGCGUGGCCGAGCCGGGGCCCGAGGCCGAGACCGACUACUACGCCAAGGAGGUCACCCGGGUCCUCAUGCUGCCCCAGAGCCCUGAUGUUGAGAAGAUCCCCCAUAGCGUCUACUUCCACUUCAACACCUCGGAGCUCCAGGAAGCCGUGCCCAACCCGGCCCUGCUGUCUCGAGCCGAGCUCCGGAUGCUAAAGACCAAGUCUACGGUGGAACAGCACGUGGAGCUCUAUCAGAAAUUUGGCAACGGCUCCUGGCGCUACCUGACCAACCAGCGCGUGCGGCCCAGCCAGGGCGUGGAGUGGCUGUCCUUUGAUGUCACCAGUGUGGUGUACCAGUGGCUGAGUAGCAGAGAAAAGACCGAGACCUUCCGCCUCAGCGCCCACUGCUCGUGUGACCAGAAGGACACCCAGCUACAUAUGGACAUUAGUGGUCUGAACAAUGUCCGCGGAGACAUGGGCAUCAUUCAGAACCAGAACCGUCCUUUCCUGCUGCUCAUGGCCACCCCGUUGGACAGGGCCCAGAACCUUCACACCCACAGGAACCGGAGGGCCCUGGACACCGACUACUGCUUCAGCUCCUCGGAGAAGAACUGCUGUGUCCGGCAGCUCUACAUCGAUUUUCGCAAAGAUUUGGGCUGGAAGUGGAUCCAUGAGCCCAAAGGUUAUCAUGCCAAUUUCUGCCUGGGGCCCUGUCCCUACAUCUGGAGCCUGGACAACCAGUACAGCAAGGUCCUGGCCCUCUACAACCAGCACAACCCGGGGGCCUCGGUCAACCCUUGCUGCGUGCCCCAGGCCCUGGAGCCCUUGCCUAUCGUUUACUAUGUGGGGCGGAAGCCCAAGGUGGAGCAGCUGUCCAACAUGAUUGUCCGCUCCUGCAAGUGCAGCUGAGACCCCCGCCCUGAUCCCCGGGGACCCCCCGGCAGGCCCGGCCCCCUUCCCCCCACUCCUCCCGCU